UGAAAAGAAAAAUGGAGAAAGUACCUGAAAAAGUUGAUAUACAAGAGAAAGAACGUGCCCUGUCCAGUGUCAAAACCCUUUCCGUGAUAGGUCUGUCUCUUGGAAUCUGUAGUGUGGGAAUCGGUAUUGCUGUGCUGGCAUUAAUGGACGGGGCCAGUUACCCUCUCACUACAGGAACCGGUGUGUGGUUUGCAGCCAAUCCAAUAGCAUUCGGGAUAUUAGGAAUUGCUGCUGCACUGUCAACCAAUGAAAUCACUCAAAGAAGAUUGUUGACCGGACAUUACGUCACGAGCAUUCUCCUGAUGACGCAAGGUUACGCCUUCGCUACUGCUAUACAGGGAUUGAUCGUAUGCAGCAAGGGCGAUGCAGAUUGCGGAUCAAAUGCUGAUGCUAAAGCUGCUCUUCGUGGCGUUCUGAUUGCAAUAAUUUUUUUCGCUUAUCUAGUUGGCAUCUUUUCUAUGGGACUUCACUAUAGAAAGAGACGUGUGCUGCAUCCAGAUUGGAAAGGAACACACUGUUGUAGAUCAUGGGAUUAAAUGCACAGUUUUGCCCGAGUAUUUAGUAACAACGAGGACUUUUUGUCGUGGUUUUCAAUCUCUAUUUAUCAACAGAAUAUAUAUAUGAAUAGCGGGAAAUUGUAUUCAGUGGCAGUGAUUUUCUAAGGAGAAACCGCUCAGUUUCGUGAAAUACUGUUUUUUGAUUUGAUGUGUACGCUAGUGUUGAUAGGUAGUAUAGAAACUAUGAAUAGACAGCAUACUUUCCUUUCACUUUUACAAAGAUGGAUUGACUGGUUAUGUGUAAGGAGUACUUCAAUCAAGAAAUACACUCUAAAAUGAAAUGACAAAAAUAUUUUUCUACCAAAAUAAAACACUACACCCCAGACAUCCAUAGAAAUGCUAGGCCAUAACAGUACCAAUUUAAAUGAAUAUUUUGAGUUAAAGUGAAGGAUUGCACAUUUCCCCAUUCCCAUGUGUGAAUUGUUCCAAACUAUAGCUGCAUGAUCAUGCAGCAACCGAAUUUUACCACUGAGCAGUGCAUCAUUAGAUCAGGGUGCUUUUGGAAAACGAACAUUUAUACUGGUGCCGUAGUAGAGAAAAAUGUUUUGUUUUGUUCACCAUACUUCUUACUUGGAAAGACACCAUCUACUUGUAAUUUAUUUAUAUAAAAAAUUCAAUACAUAUACAGUUCUUUUUUAGUCGAUUGAAUAUGUUUUGUUAAUCUAGGAAAAAAAUUAUUCCACAAACAUUGAAUGAACCUUUCUUCAAUCUGAUGUCUUCAAACAUUAUGGCAUCUCUAAAAGAGUGGGAGAAUUCUAUUCUCGAAUGUGACGUAAAAUAACUGUUGUUCACAAUCAAACAACAUAAAGCCAUUUUCUCUCAUCUUGGAAUAUUCAUACAUGUAUUUAUUUGUUUGUUGUUUAUAUACAUUGUUGUGACUAAAAACUGUUUUUACAUUUUUAACAAGUAUUUGUUGUAUUUUGAUGUUCGUGACACUUUGAUUUGUCUAACUUAUGAAUAUAUCACUGUUCGAAUACCUAAAGUCGCGAACGCGACAAAGAUCGCCAGAAUUGUUAUGUUAUGUAAAGUCUGUUAUGGAUUACUCACCUUGUGCCAAUAUAGUGACAAAACAAAAUUCAGACUUUUUCUUUGGCGCUUUUUCUUGUUGUCCUUUUUUCUAUUUUUUUUU